UCCUCAGAAAACCUCCGCUUAUAUAAGCCAAUAUGAUCUGCAUACCCCAGAGAUGACAGUUAGGGAAAUAAUAGAAUUUUCUGCACGUUUCCAGGGAAUAGGAAGCCGAGCUGAAAUCAUGAAAGAAGUCAGCCGGAGAGAGAAGCAGGCUGGGGUGGUCCCUGAUCCUGACAUAGAUGCUUAUAUGAAGGCAAUAUCAGUUGAAGGACAAGAAAGCACUCUCCAAACUGAUUAUAUUUUGAAGAUUCUUGGACUUGACAUCUGUGCAGACACAAUGGUUGGAGAUGCGAUAAGAAGAGGUAUCUCAGGUGGUCAAAAGAAAAGACUGACAACAGGUGAGAUGAUUGUGGGGCCAACAAAAGCUUUGUUCAUGGAUGAAAUAUCAAAUGGUCUUGACAGUUCAACCGCUUUCCAGAUCGUGUCCUGCCUUCAGCAUCUGGUGCAUAUUACUGAUGCUACUGCAUUGAUAUCACUUCUUCAGCCUGCACCAGAGACCUUUGAUCUCUUUGAUGAUGUUAUUCUGAUGGCAGAAGGGAAAAUAGUGUAUCACGGCCCGCGCAGUUAUAUUUGCAAAUUCUUUGAGGACUGUGGAUUUAAGUGUCCGGAAAGAAAGGGCAUUGCUGACUUCCUUCAGGAGGUAAUCUCAAGAAAAGAUCAAGCGCAGUAUUGGUACUACAAAGAGCAACCUUACAGUUAUGUUUCUGUUGACCUGUUCAUAAAAAGAUUCAAAGAAUGUCAUAUUGGCCUGAAUUUAGAUGAGGCGCUCUCCAAGCCAUUUCACAAAUCUGAAAGCCACAGAAAUGCCCUAUCCUUUAAAUCAUACUCUCUGAGUAAAUGGGAGCUGUUUAGAGCUUGUUCAUUGAGGGAGUUUCUUCUAAUGAAGAGAAAUUCUUUUACUUAUGUGUUUAAAUCUGUCCAGCUUGUCAUAAUUGCUUCAAUAACAAUGACAGUUUUCCUGCGCACCCGAAUGGCUGUUGAUGUCAUCCAUUCAAGUUAUUUUAUGGGUUCUUUAUUUUAUGCACUUGUGAUACUUCUUGUUGAUGGGUUUCCAGAGUUAAGCAUGACUGUUUCAAGAAUUGCAGUUUUCUAUAAGCAGAGAGAGCUAUGCUUCUACCCUGCCUGGGCUUAUGCGAUUCCUGCAGCACUCCUAAAAGUUCCGCUUUCACUUUUGGAGUCCUUUGUUUGGACGUCUAUGACUUAUUACGUCAUUGGCUACAGCCCUGAGGUUGGAAGGUUCUUCCGUCAAUUCCUUCUAUUUUUUGGUGUGCACCUAGCAUCGAUAUCCAUGUUUCGUUGUAUUGCCUCGCUCUUCCAAACUAUAGUUGCUUCCACAACAGCCGGUGCUCUAGCCAUUAUGAUUAUUUUACUGUUCGGUGGCUUCAUUCUCCCAAGACCAUCUAUGCCGACUUGGCUGGGAUGGGGAUUUUGGCUUUCUCCUUUGACGUAUGGUGAGAUAGGCCUGACUGUGAAUGAAUUUCUUGCUCCCCGGUGGGAAAAGGAGAUGUCUGGAAAUACAAGCAUAGGGCAACAAACUCUAGAAAGUCGAGGAUUGAGCUUCGGUAGCUACUUUUACUGGAUAUCAGUUGCAGCUUUAUUUGGGUUCAUUCUACUUUUCAACGUUGUUUUUACCUUUGCUUUGACUUUCUUGAAGCCUCCAGGAAAGUCUCGGGCUAUUAUUUCUUUUGACAGAUACUCUCAACUACACAGAAAAAACGAUGACAAUGAUAGUAAACCUACUGUUGAUCCUGGAAAUGUUGCAGUGUCUAAAACUGGACAAAUGGUUUUACCUUUUGAGCCGUUAACUGUAACAUUUCAAGAUGUGCAAUACUACGUAGACACCCCUUUGGAAAUGAGAGAACGAGGUUUUAAGCAUAAAAGGCUACAGCUUCUCUCGGACAUUACAGGUGCAUUCAGGCCUGGUGUUUUGACCGCAUUGAUGGGUGUCAGUGGAGCAGGGAAAACAACUCUUAUGGAUGUUCUUUCUGGAAGAAAAACUGGUGGUAUUAUUGAAGGAGAGAUUAGAAUUGGUGGGUACCUGAAGGUUCAAGAUACAUUUGCAAGGGUAUCAGGUUACUGUGAGCAAAAUGAUAUACACUCUCCUCAAAUCACUGUGGAAGAAUCGCUAGUGUAUUCUGCUUGGCUGCGCCUCCCAUCCCAGAUUGAUUCAAAAACUAUGGCUGAAUUUGUUAAUAAGGUCAUUGAAACUAUAGAGCUUGAUGGGAUUAGAGAUUCUUUAGUAGGCAUACCCGGAGUCAAUGGGUUAUCAACUGAGCAGCGGAAAAGGCUGACCAUAGCUGUGGAGCUUGUCGCCAAUCCAUCUAUCAUAUUUAUGGAUGAGCCUACUUCAGGUUUGGAUGCAAGAGCGGCUGCAGUUGUUAUGAGAGCAGUGAAAAAUGUUGUUGAAACGGGAAGAACAGUUGUUUGCACCAUCCACCAACCAAGUAUUAACAUCUUUGAGGCAUUUGAUGAGUUGAUUUUGAUGAAAACUGGGGGAUGGAUUAUCUACUCUGGGCCGCUGGGUCAUAACUCCAGGAAGGUUAUUGAAUACUUUCAGAAUAUCUCUGGAGUGCCCAAGAUCAAAGAUAACUAUAAUCCAGCAACAUGGAUGUUGGAAGUUACUUCUAAAUCAGCAGAAGCAGGAAUGGACAUAGAUUUUGCUCAAAUUUAUAAGGGCUCCACCUUGUAUAAGGAAAAUAAGGAGUUGGUUAAGCAGUUGAGCUCACCGACUGCAGGUUCAAAAGAUUUACAUUUUCCUAGUCGCUUCCCUCAGAAUGGUUGGGAACAGCUCAAAGCAUGCCUGUGGAAACAGUGUUUGUCUUAUUGGCGAAGUCCUUCAUACAAUUUGACACGCAUCAUUUUCAUUUCUGCCUCGUCUGUGCUGUUUGGCGUGCUAUUCUGGCAGCAAGGAAAGAAAAUAAAUAACCAACAAGACCUGUUCGAUGUAGUGGGUUCCAUGUAUGCAGUCAUAAUUUUCUUUGGCAUAAACAAUUGUUCAACAGUUCUACCAUAUAUUGCAACAGAGCGCACAGUUUUUUACCGGGAAAAAUUUGCAGGAAUGUACUCUUCAUGGGCCUAUUCAUUUGCACAGGUGUUUGUUGAGAUUCCAUUCUUGUUUAUCCUAGCAGUUAUUUAUGUGAUCAUCACAUAUCCAAUGAUUGGCUACUAUUGGUCAGCCUAUAAAAUAUUCUGGUCAUUCUAUAGUAUGUUUUGUUCACUGCUAUACUUCAACUACCUGGGGAUGCUGCUAGUGUCACUGACUCCAAAUGUUCAAGUGGCUUCCAUUGUGUCAUCAUCUGCCUACACAAUGCUGAAUUUGUUUUCUGGAUUCAUAAUACCAAGACCACAAAUACCAAAGUGGUGGCUCUGGUUGUAUUAUUUAUGUCCCACGUCUUGGGCACUGAAUGGCAUGCUCACUUCACAGUAUGGAGAUAUUGACAAAGAAAUAUCGGCUUUUGGAGAAACUAAGACGGUUGCUGCUUUCUUAGAAGAUUACUUUGGUUUUCACCAUGAAUUUUUAGGCAUAGUAGCUGUUGUUCUCUUGGUCUUCCCUGUUCUGUUUGCUACCCUUUUUGCUUAUGUUAUCGGAAGACUGAACUUCCAAAGGAGGUAGGUUUUGUUGCUGGUAUCUGGACAUCGGGAGUUCCAUUAAUCUUAAUUAUUUUUGUUUAUUUCUAUGCUUAUGUAUCCAUCAAGCUUCUCCCUAUAUCCUGAUGACUUCUUUAGUUAUAGGAGUAAAUGGAACUAAAUUUUCCUUGUACAUUUUUAUUAGCGUUUGAAAAUUUUGUUGAUUCAGAACCUUGUCAGCUAGCACAUACUGUCCGGAAAAGUGGGAACAUCCUUCCACAAGAAAAAAAAAGAAAGAAAAACCUGAAAGCCGCUAUAUCAUGCUGUAUCCUACCGUUUAGCCUCUUCCAUUAAAGCACAGAAACCAUUUAACGUUCUUUCGUUCUCCCUAAAGCUUUAAGCCUUUAACCAGAACAAGCGAGCUUGUUUGCAGUUCCAGUAUGGAAUGUGUUCCGCGCAUGGACCUCGCUCCAAAGAUCACCAUGGAAUUAGGUAAACACGUGGUGGUCUUUGAACGGAAUUUUUAAAGGAAAUUCCAAGCCAAUAGAGCAACACUGAAAUCUUGUGUUGAAUUAAGGCUUGCAUUGAAGACCUCCUCUACGCCAAGUCAACAAAAUUGCGUCCAUGCCUUACUGUUUUGUAAUAUGACAGAUUACUUGCUGUCAUGCCUUAUGUCAGAUUUUGCACCUACUGUAUGCUGAACUGAUGUUUAGCCUCUGAUAGUGUAUUGCAGUGUACAACUUAGGUUUUAACUUUGCUCUUAAGUCUUGUAUGAAAUAAAUAUU